AUGGGUGUUAUUAAUGUAAUGCUGAAAGUUCUUGAAGAAACCAAUGCUAACAACUUGAAUAGAAACAAAGCAACAGCAUCAUAUGCCGACUCUUGUACCAAUAAACAUAAUGAUAAGAAUUGGGAAAUAGAACUUCAGAAGGAAGAUGGGAAUUAUACUGAACAUUUGAAAGUGUUUACAAGUGACAAAGACAGUGGCACAAGAGAUAAUUCUGUGCAAGACUUGUUGAAUGAAGGUGAACAGACAGAUUUGAAACUUUCUUAUGGCAUUUUGAGUAAAUAUACAGGAGAGAAGCCUUUCAAAUGUUCUUACUGCAAAAAGAAAUUUAAUCAAAAGGGAGAUUUGAUCAGACACAUCAGAACACACACUAAAGAGAAGCCCUUUGAAUGUUCUUACUGCAAAAAGAAAUUUAAUCAAAAGGCAACUCUGAUUGACCACAUCAGAAUGCACACUGGAGAGAAGCCCUUUGAGUGUCCUUUCUGCAAAAAGAAAUUUCCAUACAAGUUUUAUUUGUUGUUGUUCUUCAAGAUUCACAUGUAUAAGCUUUUGAAGAACAGCCUGGAGAUGAUCAUGUUUGGAAAGUUAUUAUCUAAGCAGAUUCUUAUUCAUUUUCUCUGUCCAAGGUUAACAUUUCAAACUCCACUGCAUGUCAAGGUAUACUAA